GGUUGACUUCUGUGGUCCUGUUUGUGCAGGCUAGUUCUGUGGUAUUCUAUUCUAUCGUUUUGUAAAUAUGUCCCAUAGCCAAAAUCAUAAAGUUUAAAAAAUGAAAUCAGUUUCACGAUGUGCAAAAUGUGGAACGGCUAACAAUUUGUUGAUUUGUUCACGCUGUAAAAGCGUUUACUACUGUUGUAAGGAACAUCAAACUAGUGAUUGGAAAAGCCAUAAACCUAAUUGUAUUAGUGUUUCUCGGAAUACUACCCAUGCAGUUAAAGAGAUGUUUGAUAAAGCGUUGUUGAAUCCAGUUUCUAUGCAUUCUAGUCUGUUGAAUUAUAAGUCUGAUGCAGAUACAUCGCAGUCUAAUAGGCCCUUUACUUCAGCAGGAAGUUCUGAAGAAGAGAUUAUAGCAACAACAGCUGAAGAACUUAAACCCAACUUCUAUUACUAUGAUAAAGGAGACACAAUAUCUCCAAUAAACACUGGUUCUGCCAAAUCUGAUUGUCAAAAUGAAGGUUUAAACAUUAAAAGAUUCUCAGAUAUUUGUUUGCAAAGUGAAAACGUUCUUGCUUCUGCAAUGAAUAAAAAUUCGGUUUAUGAACAAGAUAUCUUGGAAGAAAUAUCUUGUAAUGUUAUCAAAGACAUGAAUACAUUUGGUGUUUGUGUGGUUGAUGAUUUCCUUGGUAAAGAAAAAGGUCUUGCAGUGCUAAAGGAAGUUAUCGAGAUGCAUAAAACUGGAGUGUUUAAAGAUGGUCAGCUUGUUACUAAUAAAUUAAAAGCAGACUUAAAGACCAUUCGUAGUGACCAGAUAACAUGGAUUGAUGGUAAAGAAUCUUACUGUAGGAACAUUGAUUGUUUAAUUAGAAGAGUUGACGCUGUUGUAUUAACAGCUAACACAAUGACAAAUAAUGGUAAAAUGGGAAAUUACAGAAUAAAUGGAAGGACUAAGGCCAUGGUUGCAUGUUACCCUGGUCACGGCUCACAUUAUGUAACUCAUGUUGAUAAUCCCAAUAAAGAUGGUCGCUGCAUAACUGCAAUUUACUAUUUGAAUCAGGAUUGGGAUGUUAGGAAAAAUGGUGGAUUACUUAGAAUAUUUCCAGAAGGAUGGACUGAUAAAGUGGCUGAUAUUGAGCCUAUUUUUGAUCGAUUGUUAUUUUUUUGGUCUGAUCGAAGAAAUCCUCAUGAAGUGCAACCUGCUUAUAAAACCAGGUACCUUGUAAAUAUAUUGGAAAGUAUCAUAUUUAAAUACUUACUUACAAUUACAGUAGUUGUGAAAAUACAAAGUAGAGGGGAAAGUUUAUCCUAUAAAAAGUUUGUUAAGUAGUCUUACAAUCAGUACUGAGGGGAGAGACCAAGCCAUGCUUGAAAAUCAUUUUAUUUAAUUAGUUAUCAAAGAUGAAACAAAUACAAUGGUUUAAUAUAUUGUGUUGUCAUUUACUUAACAAAAAAUUUUACUUAUUCAGGGUGUCUUGAGUCAGGAAUUUUUGGAGUAUUUAGUGGAUUUUGUAUGGUCAGGUUUUGUUUCAAAAUGGUAAUAUUUAAAAAGUAAUAAAAUAAGUAUAUAGAUAAUUCUUAGGAUAUAUUAAUGAAAACAAAUAGAGUUACAAUUCUACAAUUACUAUUGGAGCUAAAACAAUAACAUAGUAAUCACAAAAUGGAAUUAGAAAGGAACGCUAAAUAAAUUUUAUAGGGAAAGCAUGGUAGUGAUAGAAUAUAAUAAUAAAAAAAAAUAAAAAAAAUAACUAUUAUAAAUAAAUGAUUUACAUUUGUUUCUUAAGAAGUGAAAGUGAAUACACAUAAAGAUUAGGAGAAGAAAAAAUAAAAGAAUAUAUACACACACAUAGAGAGGAGUUUGUCGAAGAUAAGUAAAAAAUAAAAUACAUUUCAAAGAAAUACAAUCUUAUGAAUAGGAAAAGUAGAAAUUAAGAAAAACAAAAUAUACCUACUCACAUUGCCUUGUGAAUGGUGAUGGAAAUUCAUGUUCUACACAGAAGAAAAAAUAAGAGAAAAAAAAAAUCUAUAAAGAAAAUUAAAGCCUUGUUACAUAAUAAAUACUUAGCCAGCGUCUGAUUGAAUUGUGAAGAGGAAUUGGAAUAAGAGGGUUUUAAAUGUGGAUAAGGAUGGUGCAUGGUAAAUUUUUAGUGAGAUGGAAUUGCAAAAUACAGUGGAACAGACAACAAAGGAAUGUUUAAAUGAGGCAGAUCUGUGGAAAGGGGUGUAAAGGUCAGAAGAAUGAGAUCUUGUGAAGAGGGUGUGGAUAGAUUACUUGAAUUAUAGGAGAUUGUAUGCAUAAGACCGAUGAUGAUUAUUGAUUAUUUGGUAAAGGAAUUUGCCUAGGAAAUAUUGUCUUCGGAAGGAGGGGAAGAGGCAUCCUAACUCAGCAUAGUGGUGUGAAACACAGGAAUGUCUCAGGGUCCCAGUGACAAAUCUUAUGAAGGCAUUCAUAAUUCUUUUCAGUCUGUCCCCGAGUUCCGCCGAGAAGCCACCAUACACCAUACAGCCGUAAUCAAGGUGAGAGAAGAUAUUUGGAGUCUACGUGUGGGAAUGGGUGGGACACGGCAGAAGCGAUGGAAUAAUUUCAAGGUACCAAUUGACUGUCGGGAGAUGUGAGUAAUAUGGUGAUUCCAGGAGAGGAUUUGGUCUAUAAAAAUGCCUUGAUUUUUACUGAGGAGGUGAAGGUGAUGGAAUGGUCAUUUAGGUACAGGAUAGGAAUGUUGGUAUUGGAUCUGAGAAAGGGUUUGGAACCAGUGAUAAUAGCUUUAGUUUUGGCAGUGUUUAAUCUUAAUCCAUUUAAGUUUGCCAGGCACUGAUCCCAUUCAACUCUUCUUUAAUUUUGACAAACACAUCAUAUAACUCUGAGGGAAAAAAGGAAAGGUAAAUUUGGGAAUUAUCGAUAUAGAGUAGUGAGGGAUUGAUUUAUGGAUGUUGUUGAUAUAAGAACUAAAAAGAAAAAAAGAAAAGAAAAUAUGCUAGAGCCCUGGGCCACUCCUGAGGACAGAAUAAGAUAGGAAGACAAAGGUUGAUUAGGGAUAGCGACUGCUUGUGAGCGUUGAGAGAGGAAAGAUUGAAACCACAGGACAGAACUAUUGGAAAAGUAUAAUGAUUUUAAUCUGGAAAAGAGAAUGGGAUGGUUAAUAGUAUCAAAGGCUUUGGUGAAGUCAAGGAGUACAGGGACAGUUAUUUUUUUGUCAUCUAUGGUGGGCUGAACACCACUAAUGAUUUUGAUUAAGGCGGAUUGUGUGGAGUAACCUGGUCGGAUACCAGAUUGGUAAGGGUUAUUAGAAACUUGGGAUUACAUUAUUCUCUCCAGGAAUUUCGGAAGGUUAGAAAGGAUUGAGAUUGGCCAGAUAUCUUCAAGGGAAGACGGGUUAGGAUUUUUAAACACUAAAAUAUGAAAUUAAUUGAAACUUCGUUUCUAAUGAAAUAAAAUUAGCAAGGAUUGUAUUUAAUUUGGUACUGACAUUUUCUGAAAUUUUUAUUUUAUUUUUCAGGUAUGCAAUAACAUUGUGGUACUUUGAUGCUGCAGAAAGAGAGGAGGCAUUUAAACGUUUUCAACGAACCAGAGAAUGUAUUAAUGCUGCUAGUUAAUAGUGUCUGGUUAUUCUCAGAUUAACCUGAGUUUAAUCAUGGAAAUAAAAAACAUUACCAUUUAUAAAUAUAUAUUUUGCGCUAUAGCUUUAAGAAAGAAAUAUUGUAAAUAUUGUAAACUUCAAUUAAUUAGAUCAUUUUAUGUUAGUUACUAAUUCAUUUAUUAUUAUUUUGUGUGCUUUUGACUUACUGGUAGUAAAGCAUUUUUAUUUUUGAUGACUCAUUGUUGUUAUUGUCUUAUAAAUGAAUGUAUUUAUUUACUAGUUUACAUUACUGAUGCAUUGCUUAAGUCUUUGUGAAUUUUAUCCUUUGAUGAUUUUAUUGUAUCUAUUCACUGAAACUGUCUAGGUUCUGAGAUUUUUUUAUUGUAAAAUAAUAGAAAAUUUAUAAAGAAGUGAAACCAUCUUUGAAUACAGUUUCUUGCUUCACUUCAUACUUCUAUACAUUUUGUAUCACAGAAUAAUAAAUUGUUUUUACCAGUUACUUCUUCAUAAAUAUUGUUGUAUUUUGAACAU